AUGGCUUUAAAAUCUAGUAGAUGCUCAGAUGAAAGCUAUAUAGAACCUGUCCUAUGCUGGAAGAAGGAAUUCAGAUCUUCUGUGAUUAAAAUUGUUGAUUCGUCCUUGAACUCGAGUUUGAUGCCUGUCGACAGUAUUUGUUCAAUUCCUGCUUCAGAAGAUGGUUUCCAUCUGAAUAAACGAAGGAAGAUGGAUGAGGAAUGUGAUCACCUUCUGACAAAUGGAAAUAUGAGAGAUGGUAGUAUGACAAACUUCACAACCACUGGAUAUAUCUCAUCUCCAGAGCACAACACGGAUGGCCAAUCAUUUAUGGUUAAUUCAAGUGCAGAAUUUUCAGCAGGAUCACGUUCUAAUGUCAAUGUCAAUACUAGCCAGCCAUCAUCCUCAUCAAGUGCACCAUCUUAUAUCAGUCAGAUUCUUAAAGAUGCUUGGGAGUGUUCAUUGCCUGAUACAAAUACUGCAACUGCAAAACCAGUAACAGAGUUAACAUCAGCGAGGGACCUUUGCAUCUCCAUCCUUAAAAGAAAAAUAUGUCCCGCUAAAGACUCAGAACUAAGCAGAACAUCAAGUACUAUAGACCGUGAUGAUAAUCUAAACAGUCCUUUAUUUGAAUGCAUGAAAUGCGGGUUGAUGGAAGAUCCAUCCAAAAUGUUAAUUUGUGAUUGUUGUGAAGGAGCAUUUCAUUUAUUGUGUUGCAAUCCAAUAGUCAAGAAAAUACCAGAGGAAGAGUGGUAUUGUUUGGCCUGUAAAAAAAAGAAACCUAAGAGCCAACGUGGAAAGUUGACAAAUCCCAAAGUUAAAUCAUCCAAGGACAUUGAAAGACCUCGUCGAGGUCUUGGUCCUAUUCGAGAUAUGUUAGUGGAUUCUGAAUCAUAUGAAAGUGACGUGAGGAUUGGUAGUAAGUUUCAAGCAGAAGUUCCAGAAUGGUCUGGUCCUAUUUCCAGUAAAGAAGAUCAGUUUGCUGAGCCCACUGAACUUGAUCCUAGUAAAACGACAAUGCUGGGUUGCUUAGAACAGUUUGAGGAUAAGAAAACCACUAUCGGUAACUGGAUCCAGUGCCGGGAAGUUCUAGACACAGGAGUUGUUUGUGGCAAAUGGCGGAGGGCGCCAUUGUUUGUUGUUCAAUCAAACGACUGGGACUGUUCAUGUUCAGUUGUUUGGGAUCCUUUCCAUGCUGAUUGUGCUGUUCCGCAGGAAUUGGAGACCGCUGAAGUUCGCGAGCAACUGAAGUACAUAAAUAAGCUGAAGAGUCGUCUAGGUGACAGCAAUCAGAAACGCUGA